AUGCCAUUUGGUUGUCUGACGCUUGGGGAGAAAAAGGAUUACAACAAUCCCGCUGAAGUCACCGACAAAUAUGACCUGGGACAAGUUGUUAAAUCAGAGGAGUUUUGUGAGAUAUUCCGGGCAAAGGAUAGGAACACGUUGAAAAUGUACACCUGUAAAAAAUUCAACAAAAAGGAUGGCCGAAAUGUGAGGAAAGCGGCCAAGAAUGAAAUUAUGAUCUUAAAGAUGAUAAAACAUCAUAAUAUCCUCCAGCUUGUUGACACUUUUGAAACAAAAAAAGAGUACUUUAUCUUCCUGGAACUAGCAACAGGCAGGGAGGUGUUUGACUGGAUUUUAGAUCAAGGGUACUACUCAGAAAGGGACACCAGCAAUGUGAUGAGGCAGGUGCUUGAGGCCGUAGCGUACCUGCAUUCUCUGAAUAUCGUCCACAGAAAUCUAAAGCUUGAGAACCUAGUUUACUUCAAUCGCUUGAAACACUCCAAAAUUGUUAUCAGUGACUUUCAGCUGGCAAAACUGGAAAACAGACUCAUUAAGGAUCCGUGCGGCACUCCGGAGUAUCUCGCUCCCGAGGUUGUUGGGAGGCAGAGAUAUGGACGGCCUGUAGAUUGCUGGGCGAUAGGGGUCAUCAUGUACAUACUAUUGUCAGGCAACCCACCUUUUUACGAUGACUCAGAUGAAGAUGACCCCGAAAGUCGGGACAAGAACCUCUUCCUGAAAAUUUUGUCAGGGGACUACGAAUUUGACUCGCCUUACUGGGAUGACAUUUCAGAUUCUGCCAAAACCUUAGUGGCGUCUCUGAUGGAGGUGGACCAAGACCAGCGACUGACUGCACAAGAGGCAAUUGCCCAUGAAUGGAUUUCUGGGAAUGCUGCCUCAGAUAAGAACAUCAAAGAUGGUGUUUGUGCACAAAUCGAAAAGAAUUUUGCUAAAGCCAAGUGGAAGAAAGCUGUAAGGGUUACCACCCUUAUGAAGAGGCUCCGAGCAUCAGAGCCGGGGGAUUCAGGUGCUUCUGUAGCUGACGCCGGAACACCUGCAGGCCCCGCUGCUGCUCCAACAGCUGCUGGUGGUGGCCUUGCUGCCAGCCUAAAAGCAGCUCUUAGUGCAAACGCUGCCAACAUACAGACUUCAUCUACUCCAGCGGACCCUCAGCCGAGUACUGCCAGAGAGGAGGACAAGUCAGAGGAACCGUGCAAUGGUGAUGUUCUCUAA